AUGCUGCUGCUCGGUCUGUUGCUGCUGCUGACGUCCGCCGCCGCCGCCGGCGCCGACCUGCCCGGUUCGGCCGCUCCGGGGCUCCGGGGGCCGGGGCUCGGCUUCUCUGCCUCCGCCCCGCUGCACCGGCUGGAGUACGGGGCUCCCGGUGUCGCCUUGGCGCGCUCCGCUGCGGAGGAGCCGCCCGGUCCCGCUGCAGAGGAAGAGGAAGGCGGGCAUCAGCAUCACGGCGGCGGCGGGUACCGGAUGGUCCAGUGGGAGUGGAGCUACGUGCAGACUCCCUUCAUCAUCGCCAUCUGGCUACUGGUGGCCAGCGUGGCUAAGAUCCGUGAGUCUGAGUGUGAUGACUUUCUGCGCAUCGGAGCCAAUAAAUACGUGGAGGCCAACAUUUCCCAGAAGUCUCGGACCACGGUGAAGUACACGAUGAAGACUCUGGCCAGCAUCGCAGAGACCAUCAUCUUCAUCUUCCUCGGCAUCUCAGCCGUGGAUAAGUCCAAGUGGGCCUGGGACACCGGCCUGGUGUCCUGCACCCUCGUCUUCAUCCUCGUCUUCAGAGCCCAUGGUAACCUCUCUCCUGCAGGUGUGGUGGGUCAGACUUGGGUUCUGAACCGGUUCCGUCUCGUCCCGUUGGAUAAGAUCGACCAGGUCGUGAUGUCGUACGGUGGCCUGCGGGGGGCGGUGGCGUUCGCUCUGGUGGUGCUGCUGGACAGCGAGCACGUCAAAGCCAAAGAUUACUUUGUUGCCACGACGAUCGUGGUCGUCUUCUUCACCGUCAUGUUUCAGGGUCUGACCAUCAAGCCUCUGGUUAGACUGGCCUCAAAGUUCCUCGCCUCCACCAGCAGGAAGCCGACCAUCAACGAGGAGAUCCACGAGAGAGGCCUUGACCACAUCCUGACAGCAGUGGAGGACAUCGCAGGGCUGCAGGGAUACCACCACUGGAGAGACAAGUGGGAGCAGUUUGAUAAGAACUACCUGAGUAAGCUGCUGCUCAGGAAGUCAGUGUAGAAGAGCGAGCUGUGGGAAGCGUAUCAGAAGAUCAACAUCAGAGACGCCAUCAGUGUGAUCGACCAGGGUGGGAACGUGCUGACCUCAGCCCGACUGUCUCUGCCCUCGAUGGCCGACAGAGCCUCGUUCCCCGAGGUCACCAACGUCACCAACUACCUGUGAAACGGCAGCGGUGUGUGUCUGGACCUUCAGGUCAUCGAUAACGUUCCUGGAGCCAAAGUAGAAGAAGACACAGAGACUCACCAUGUUCUAGCUGGAAACCUGUACAAACCCAGGAGAAGGUACCAGUCUCACUACAGCCGGCACUUCACCUCUGGAGAGAAGGAGCGCCAGGACCGAGAGGUGUUUCAGAGGAACAUGAAGAGCCGCAUGGAGACGUUUAAAUCCACCCGACACAAACGACACAAGAAGGAGCGCAGCCUCAAGAAGCGGCGAGGAUCCGACGUCAAAGAAGACGGAAGUGAUAAACCCAGACGCAACGUCAGCUGGCAGGACAAAGAUCCGGUGGUUGUUCCUGUGGACUCAGAGGAAGACAAAGCCGAACACUCGGACCCUGAGAAGGAGGAAGACGUCGGCAUCACCUUCGUCGCUCGUAAGGCCGAGACGCCAAAACAGCGUCCGAAAUCAGUCCCAGCAGCUCUGGACGGCUGUCAGAGUCCAACAGCCGCCCCCCCCUCCCCCACCAGUGGACACAGCCAUCUGCCGUGGAAGGGCGGCGUCGGCUCUCCGCCUCCCUGCGUGUCCGUUGAGGCCACAAAGAUCAUCCCGGUGGACCUCCAGCAGGCCUGGAACCAGAGCAUUUCCUCCCUGGAGAGCAUCUCCUCCCCUCCGGCCCCGGCCGAGCCCGUCCACCCUCGGAUCAGCGCCCUCUCCAGGCUGAACGCCGCCCGCCCCGCCUCCUACACCCCGCCGGGCAGCGUGACGGGCAGCACCUCCUCCAUCGGAGCGCAGGUGACGCAGAGCUCCUUCUGCUUCCCGGAGAGGAAGAAGAAGAAGGAGGAAGAGGAGGAGGAGGAUGAAGACGGAGCCUCGCAGGAGAUGCAGCCGCUCAUGUCGUCUCUGAGGCCUCCAGGGUCUCUGCCGCCGCCGCCGCAGCCGCCCGGCUCGGCCCCCGGCUCGGCCCCCGGCUCGGGCAGGAGGAGGAACCCCUGCGUGUACCUGAGGAGCUUGGUGACAGCGCCCCCUCCUGGCAGCGAGCCGUACAGCAGAGGCCCCACCCAGCUUUAA